AUGGUGACGGGUUGCAAAUUGCGAUUGGCGCUGAAGAAUCUCCAGAGCUCGCUGGAACAUCCGAUUGUCGCGCUGUCGCUGCAACUUGCGCGGGCUUCCAGAUUCCGCCACCGUCGUAGAUUCGCUGCGAGAGCUACCAUGAGGCUUAAACUGUACAUCGAUCGGUCGGCGCGAUUGAUAACAAGCGCCACCGCAACCAAAGCUGCGAGCUGUGAGAGCAGGCAUAAACUCGCCAGUUGCCCGCAAACAGUGGCGACUCUGAAUCGCCAAAAGGUGGGACCAGUGUUGGCCCGCCGAUGUCCACGCGCACGCAAGUCAGGCAGACGCAUCGAGCUUCGUCGGAGUCAGCUGGACACCCGGACCUGCUCGGCCAGCAGCAUGUACAGUCGGUGGCACGGCCAAAGAUCCAUUUGA